GCCUGAGCUUCUGUAAAUGAGUGCUGAUGCUCAGCGGCGCCUCGGCGUCUCCAAUGUUUCCACGCACAGCUGACUGGAACAGUUCUGACAGAACCAAGCGAGACCACUGACCGGCGGUUCCGUUCCCUCGGACUGGAGCUGGAUGGAGGUGGACCGAAGGGCCAUGGAGUGCGCCGUGGACGCGCAGAGCCUGAUCUCCAUCUCCUUAAUGAAGAUCCACAACUCCAGGACGCAGAGAGGAGGCAUCAAGCUGCACAAGAACCUGCUGGUGUCCUACGUGCUGAGGAACGCGCGGCAGGUCUACAUCAAGGAGAAGUACGCGGAGAUCUACAGGAUGCAGCAGUACGAGGAGGUGAUGGCCGUCUGCAACGAGAUCCAGGAGCUGGACCCGCUGGACCUGGGCGCGGAGGACGGCGACGAGGAGGAGCAGGGACGGGCUGCGUGCUGCGGAGAGGAGAGCCGCCCGGCGGGCAGCAGAGAGCCGGAGCAGCCGUACUACCGGAGCUGCUGCAUGGAGGCUCCGCCGGGCUCCCCCUGCGACCAGUUCGCCCCGAACGGCGGCGGCGGCGGCGGCUCCCACUGCAACAAGACCACCGUGCUGGACCUGGACACUCAUGUGGUGACCACGGUGGAGAACGGCUUCCUGCACCAGGACUGCUGCUGCGCCGCGCCGCAGUGCGCACCGGGCGCCGCGGCCAGGAAGCGGAAGGUGGACUCCGGUGGUUGCGCGCCGGACGCGGAGGAGCCGUCGGACUUCACGGCGGCGCGCAAGCGCUUGAAACGGGAGGACUGCUCUAACCCGGACUGUAACCCGGACUACACGGACACGUCCAACAUCUCCAACCUGAUCUCCAUCUUCGGCUCGGGCUUCUCGGGGCUGCUGAGCCGGCAGGCGGACCUGGAGCAGGUCUGCAGCAAGCAGGCGCUGGCCAGCCUCGGCGCCUGGACGCGGGCCAUCGUGGCGUUCUGAGCGGCUCCGGGUCAGCUCGCCCCCGCGCCAGGUCGUAGCGCAGUUUCGUACCCGCGCGUCACCCCAGGAGGAUCGGUCCGUUGCUAAUAUCUGAAAGAGUUCUGGAUAGAAUCGAUCAUGAUCCUAUUCACUGUAAAUUACUAGAGAACUUUGUCAAUCUUUGCAUUUAUCCUGGUUCUGCUCCCAGAUUCGGACCCUGGUCAAACCAAAACGAGCUGAUUUUUAUUUAUUGGAGUCUGAAAACAGUUUUCCUCUCAGGUUCUCCUGAACAGAUUGUUUAGCAGGACGGUUCUCAAAGCGGGUACGAAAUGACGCGCGGUGGGGAUGGGUACGAAAUGGCGAAGGGGCGAAAUGACCCGUAGGCAGCUUUUCUGAUGAAAGGGAGAGCGGGCCCAGAUGUUCUGUGAGGGAACCUUUCAGAACCUGCUCCAGUUUACACAGCCAGGAGGGGAAGGAGGCUUGGUUUCAUUUUGCACAUCCAGGAGGCUGAAGUUGCUCCUCAGACAGCUCCACCUGAAGGUCAGACCCCAGCCAGGUCCAGUUAUCUGCUCCCACAUGUCUGCAGAAGCCGGGCUGCAGGAGCAGAAGGAAGCAGAUCAGGUCUCCGGGUCGCUGCCUCCUGUCUCGGCCAUCUUUAAUCACCUGAUGUCAACAGCUGUGACGCGGUCCUGUGUGAGGCUCGGCCUGAUGCAGGAUUUUACCUCAGAGCACACGUGUCUUAAAAUAAACAUGAACAGGAGGGACAUGCGUGUCACCCAGAGCUCAUUGGAGGAGAAGUGGGCCUCCUCCUGCAGAGCCAGGAGCAGAACAGGCCGGGGCCGGAGCUGCAGACCCGGGUCUGAGGGACGGUGGACUUCAGUUGCCUUAAAUCUGAUGCUGCUCGCCCCGGUGGAGGAGACCGAAUGUUCUGCUGUCCACUUUCAGAGGAGCGAUGCUCAGCCGGAGCAGAUUGUCAGCAUGUCGAUGAGGAAGAGACUCUGCAGCUCCUCUCUGAUCACAUCCUUUUCCUUUCAAUCAGCGUCGCCGUCAUUUAGGACUCCAGCUUGGUUUUGUGAGUUUGAACUUUGUAAAAAAAAAAAAAGAAAACAAGAAACAGACUGAUCAUAGUCCUUUUGUUUUAAAAAGGGAAGCCCAUGUUUUCAGCCAUAACCCGAGGAUCCAUGCGUUAGCUUUACGAGCACUAUGUGUACCAAAAUAAAGAGAGUAUUCAGCCAUUCUCGACAUAUUUUCUUUGUUAUUCUUGUAUUUUUGUGCUUAAUAAAUUGUAUAUCUCCGGGUGAAACUGUUCGAGAAAGUAUUUGUUAAAAUUUAUAAUCUUAAUAAAAAAUAAAAGUCUUUCAUCUUAA